AUGCCUGCGCUGUCGCGCGCUCUGGACCGCGCGACGGUGGCGGGGGCCAGGGCGAGUUCGCCGGGGGCCGUGGUGCCCGCGCAUGCUUCGGCGCGACGUUGCGGCUGCGACGCAGCAGACUUCCGGGCCUGCGCCAACAGGGGCACGCGUCGACAUCGGCGCGAGCCUUGCCCAGAUUACCCCGGGGGGCCUUCCGCCAUCAUUAUGGCCGAGGCGGCCGCGCGUCUCAGUCCCGGCGCGCUAGCGCGUAUCCGCAGUUCGCUCAGGUCGGCGAAGACCGACGCGUUGGCCACCGAGGCGCAGCGCGCUGCAGCCAGGGGCAUCGAGCACCCGUUUAUCUAUGCGGAGCUCGCGAAGUUUCAGCUUCUAUGCGCGCGCGGCGCGGGCGGCUCUCCCGGCGAUGACGCGCUCGCGUCAAAAGAGGCAGCCGCGCUGGCUAGAGCUCUCGGCCAGGGCGCGGGGGCGGAGAGCCAGCCGCGUCUGGCGCGGGCGCCGUGGCGCCCGGUUGCACCGGGUGCCCAUUUGCAGGGGCCGAUGGCCCAGGUCGCCUUGGCGCGCGACCGCCAUCCGCGGAGGGCGCGGGCCGAGCGCGCCGCCGCCGGCGCGGUGGGCAUCGCGGCCGCAGCUUCGCGUUGCUGCGACGGUCGGCAGGGCGCGGCAAGAGGCGCCGCGGCGGCGCGCGGGCAGAGUGCGAGCGCCGCAAGCGCCGCGGGCGCCGCUGGCACCUUCUGGAAGAAGAGUGGCGCGCGCGCGCUGGCGGCUGGGCGCCGCGAUGGUGCCGCGUCGUUCAGGGCAUGGGCGCCUGUCUGCCAUCGCGGCCCUGUUGCGACUCGAGGGCCGCCCGCCCUCUGGGCCAGCAGGCGCGCGAGCGCCCGCGGCAGGACAAAAGAGGCGGUGCCCGUCGCCUUCUCGGCGGCGAUCGAGUGGUUUGCUGCGCGCCCGGCGCGGCGGGCGCACCGCGAGCGGCGCGCGACUCUCGAGAGCACUCGGGCCAGAGACGCCGAGCCCCGCGCCUGGAGCGACGGGCGGCAUGAGUCUUUCCUUGAACUGCUCAUCCUGUCGGAAAUGACCGCGGGCGCGGCGCGCGGCGACGGCGCGGUGCUCGGCGCGCUCAGAGAGUCCAGCGACUUGGCCGAUACUCUCGCAAAAUGUGUUGCCGAACUUGGCCGAGUGGGCCAUCCCGCGCCAAUCGGCGCGGUCGAGCUUGACGGCGCCGUUUUGGCGCCGCGGCUCGGCGUCAGGCAAAUGAGAGAGGACGGGUCCGAAAAGCUGCGGCUUGUAGAUGAUAUGGCGCGCCCUUUGAUCAACGCGGCGUCUCGGCCGAAGGGGCGCCUCGGCCACGGCGGCGUCGGUGCUCUGUCCGAACAUCGCGCCUUCGCGUGGAUUGCUUUCUCCAUGGGCACAUGCAUCUACGUGGCUCAGCACUUCGCCGCCCAGCUCGGAGCGACAUCCUCCGUUCGCAGUUGGGGGCGCGUCGGCGCGAUGCUGGCCUCAACCAUUGCAACGCUGGUGUGCCCAUCUUUCCCCAUCGACGCCCUGGGGGGCUCCAUUCCGCGGGCGGGGCGGUUGGUGGCCUCCUUCUGGGCGCCCCUCGCACUCGGCGUCGCGGGCGACGUGGAAGUGCGCGAGGAAACGGUCAAAGUGUCGCCGCAGCUCCAGCCGCUGAGCUCGUUGGGGAGGAAGGCGUACUCCAACGUCGUGGGUAUAAACCCACUUCGGAACACCGCGCGGAAGUCGGAGCACCCCGCGGAGGCGGCUCGCCCCGCCGACGUGCUCUCAGCCGCGGCCAGCCAGGACUGGUCGCCGUGUCUGUUCCACACUGACCGGUCCUCAGGAAGCGGCAGCAGCACCUGCGCGAGCGCGGGCUUCUCGGGCGCCAGCCUCGCCAGCGUCUCUCCCCAAGGCUCGUCGGCCGCGAGCGACACCUCCAGCGGGAAGGGCCAGUGGCAGGCCCCGAGGUCGACCAGGCCCGCCGACGGCGGCAGGGCCCUCGGCAAAGGCGGCGCCGCCUUCUGCUCGGCCAAGGGUGGCGUGGGCCACGGCGCGGCCAAAGGCGCGGCCAAGGGCGCGGCGAAGGGGAGCGGCGGCAAGGUCAAGAGCCAGGGCACCAGCAAGAAGCUCGUUUCGGCCAAGCCCCGCGCCCCGCCGCCCGGCGGUGGCGCGCCCGGGCUGGAGCCCGCCCCCUGCGCGGCGCCCGCGUGGGAGGCGCCCAAGCUUGCGCCGGCGCCCCGCCCUCAGCACGGUACGCUCGUGCCGCCGACCGCGGAGGACCGCUGCCGCCAGGCGUGGCUGCAGAAGCUGCACUGGCAGCAGCAGGCGGCUCCUCUGCGCCAGGCGGGGCGCCAGCCUGUCCUGGAGGCGGCUGGGUUUAUGAGGUGGCCCAGCGUUGGUUCCAGCCAGCACGAGCGGCGAGCAUGCCCGUAUCCGCGCCCUCCCAGUCUGGACUCCGGGGCGCGACCGUGCAAAUACACGGCCGCACGGAUACGUUCAGCGCGGGGCAACCGCGGCGAAACGCUGCGUAUCCGCGGGGUCGCGGCCCCCGGCCCCGGCCCGCGAGGCCGUGGAUGCAGACAUGUGUUUCGCUUCGCCCACGAAUCAAGCAGAGAGGGAGUUUUUGCUUGCCUCUUUCGGCCCCCGCGUGGCAUUUCCGGGCCCCGGGGCCGCCACUCCAGGAGGGGACGUGGGGGUCGAUUCGAGCGGAAUUGGCUUGAUCCUCCCUCCUGA